AUGGCUUCUCAGCGAUUCUAUGCCAUUGUUGCUGGCGCCGGCUCUGGUACAGGUCGAGCGGUGGCAAUCAGGUUCUCCAAGGCCUAUCCCGUCGUGUUGAUGUCUCGCAAGCCCGAGAGCUAUGAGGAUAUCGUUAAAGAUAUCCGACAAGCGGGAGGACAGGCCUUUGGUGUCGCGACGGAUGCGACGGACGUUUCUUCCCUCGAUUCGGCUUUCGAAAAAAUCCAAGAGGCUCUUCCGGACCACAAGCUUGCGGCAGCAGUGUACAAUGUGAAUGCCGGCUUUGCCAGAAAACCGUUUUUGGAAAUGGGAUUGGACGAUCUCCAAACUGGAUUGAACGGCGCGGCCGGAGGGUUCUUCAAUUUGGGCCAGAAGACUGUCCCACUGCUGCUCGAUUCUGUCGCAAGCUCGCCGUCUCCUCCCACUCUAAUUCUCACGGGCGCAACAGCAUCUAUGAAAGCUUCGUCUCAGUUUUCAUCAUUUGCUGCUGGUAGAUUUGCCAUGCGAGCCUUGGGCCAGUCCUUGGCGAGGGAGUUUGGACCUAAGGGCGUCCAUGUAGCGCAUGCUGUUAUUGAUGGCCUGAUCAACACGCCUGCUUCCAGAGCUUGGAAUAGAGGUGGCAAGCCAGACAGCAAGAUCUCGCCAGAAUCGAUCGCCGAAACGUACUGGUAUUUGCACACACAACAUAGGUCUGCAUUCACUCAAGAGAUUGACAUUAGACCCUACUCGGAGAGCUUUUAG